AGCUGGGCGGCCUGGCCACUUUUCUUGGAUGGGGUGCUGCAGGCGCCGUUUCUGCUUAGUAGUACGCUGGCUACGUUGUGAUUCAUGGAGCAGGGAAGCCUGGAAAAAGAGCCUUUGUUGCCACCUCCUCUACCAGGGGCUGCCAAGCGUCACCGGCUCUACUCGGGCAGGAACAGCGGAGACCUGGAGGAUGAUGGACACUGCUGCGUGUCCGCGGCCUCCUCGCCUCGUUCUGGCGGGCCUGUUAUUGAUGACCCUCACCUCUACUUCAACCAAGCUGUAGUAUUCAUCGAAGACGCAAUUCAGUAUCGUUCUAUAAAUCAUCGUGUGGACUCUAACUCCUUGUGGCUUUAUCGGUGGUAUUAUUCAGAAGUUUGCCAAUGGGUUUUGAUUCUCACCAUUACACUAAUUCUGGCUCUUGCUUUCAUUGAAGCACCUUCUUCACUUACUGUCACAUCAGAUGUGCGGUAUCGCUCAGAAGCUUGGAAGCCUCCUUGUGGCCUGACUGAAAGCAUUGAAUUGUUUUGCUUCCUUGUCUUUAUGGUAGACGUCUCUGUGAAGAGCUACUUAAUUGGAUGGGAAGAAUUUCGGAAAACCAAGUGGUUAAUGGCCUACAUCCUGGUCCUGCUCAUCUCCCUUGUAGACUGGAGCAUUUCACUGAGUUCUUCCUGUCAUGAAAACCUGAGGAUAAGACGUAUCCUUCGACCUUUCUUCCUUCUCCAGAAUUCUUCAAUGAUGAAAAAAACACUAAAAAGCAUCAAGAGAACAUUGCCAGAAAUUACAAGUGUUAUGCUGCUCUUAGCUGUUCACCUGUUUCUCUUUACCAUGUUUGGCAUGCUGCUGUUUGCUCGGACCAAAGAUGCCCAACAGGAUAAAGAGUGGCAAGGAUAUUUUCAUAAUUUGACAGAUUCAUUGACUUCAUUGCUGGUACUGUUGACAACUGCAAACAAUCCAGAUGUGAUGAUUCCUGCAUAUUCUAGGAAUCGGGCAUAUUGCAUCUUCUUUAUACUCUUCACUGUAAUAGAAAUCGGUUCAGUCAUCGCUUUUCCGGAGACGCUUGGGAAUCCGGGCUGCCUUUGAAGUUCUUUGUUGUUUGAAAGAUACUGAGAUCAAUAAAAAUAUCUUGAGUGUCCAAUCUGAAGCUCUUCUUCAAGUCCUCAAGAAAGUAAAAAUGGAUUCCUAUUGCAAAGAAGCAAUAAUUAGGAAGCUUGAAUCUUGUCCGCCAGGAGGACUGUCGGCUAUUCAGUUUCAGACACUUUUUGAUGAACUUGACAAGCAUAAAGUUAAAGAGCGUCCUCCCAAACCAGAUUAUCAGUCACCCUUCUUACGACGAGUUCAGUUUAUCUUUGGUCACGACUAUUUUGGAUAUUUAGGAAACGUGGUAGCACUAGCAAAUAUUUCCUGUGUAUGCGGAAUCAUGGUAAUAGAUGCAGAUAAGCCACCUGCUCUGCGAGAUGACUUUUUUUUAGGGGUAAGUCCAUCUAUUCCCACGAGACCCUNUGUGGCUUUCUAUGCAUUUGCAAUAAUUGGCAUGGAGCUAUUUGGAGGCACCAUUACUCCCAUGGGCAAUGUCAGGCUAAUUUAUAAAAUAGUUCUUGACUUAACAAUGACAAUUGGGUCUGGAACUUCCAUUGUGGUGCAAUUUGGGCAAUUCAGUGCUCCAGGUUUACCAGUGCAAUAUAAUUUUGAAUGUCUCAUGCUCUGA